ACACACACAGCUUGUGGUCUCGCUUCCCAAGCACAGGGUCCCGGAAGGCAACAGCAAACCACCCCCAUCAGGACCUUGCCUUGUAUAUUAUUGAAAAUGUGCGUUUCUGAACAAUGGACUCCAUUUUGGAUUAAAGCAGUUGAAACAGUGUCAGCUUAUUUACCAAAAAGUGAUUUUGAAAAUCUGGAGGGCUUGGUGCACGAGGACACUAUAAAAGAACUGAAAAAAAAUAUUACCUCAUUUUCACUGAAACAUCGACAAGAGUUGGCAGUCAACAAGGAGGAUAUAUACUUUUCAUUCCCAUAUCAGAUUGGUGUAAUGUUCAGUGAUGAUGAUGAAAACCAAAAGAGAUUUGUGGAAAUAACAAUGGUGUAUCAUGUUCUCCGUGGCCUUCAAGAAUUGAAAGAACAAGGCAUAGUACCUCCAAUGAACAUGGGACUGUUACCUGAAUACAGAGAUAAAAUGUUUAUUUGCAAUUACCGUUUUAUUAGAGAGUUUACUAAAGGUGUAGAGUGUCAGUGGGUUAUAAAUGUAUUGAAUCAUUUUAAACUAGCAGAUUAUACUUUGUAAAGAAAAUUGUAUUUGAUAAGUAUAAAUGACAGAAAUAAUUUUGAGAACUUUUUUAUGAAACAUAUAUACACACAAAUAUUUUUUCUUUUUCACCUUAAAGCCUGUACAGUUGCUCCAGUUCAGCUUCAUGUGGAUCAUACCAAAGCCCAGCUGGAACAAUUAAAGGAGUGCCCAAGUCUAACACUGAAGAGUUGAGUAAUUUUCUUGUAGUACGAUCGUAGAAUGUUAUACCAAAUGAGAUAGGCCCCUGUAACAGGAAAAGGGAAAGACUGAAAAUACUCAUGAGGACUUUUGUAUACAAAUGGCGAUGUACUUGAAGACAAUAAUGUACCUUCACUUUCUGAAGUCCUGCAAUUGUAAGUACGUAGGAUCCAUUUUCUUCUUUCACGAAUCGCUGAACUCCCUCAAACUGCACAUAAAACAGCAGUAAUGGUUCUGGUUUUAAAUAUGUUUUGUAUGUGUCACUUAACAAUCAUUUCCUAAAAUCUGUUUUGAAUAAAUAAACUUUUUAUUAAAAGUU